AUGUCGUUGGAAGAAGAGGAUGUACCGGUUGAUCUCCCUGACUUGCCGCAAUUCAGCGCAGUGGAGAACAACAAGUUGGGUAUCAUUGGGAGAACUUUAAAUCCUGAGAAACAAAGGAUGAAAGAUCUCAUAUUGGACAUGCCUAGGAAGUGGCAAGUGUAUGAUCGUGUGCGUGGGGUGGCUCUGUCUGCCACUAUGUUCCAAUUUACUUUCAAAUAUGAACAUGACCUAGAAGAGAUUCGAAACAUCCCGGUGAAUCACUACACCAAGGAAGCCAUAGAAGCUUUUGCAGAUAACUUGGGUAAGGUGGAUAUUGUUGCUUACGAUCCAAGCAAGGCUCAGAGCAAUGAUUACGUCAGAGUUCGAGUGUUCUUUGAUGUGGCAAGACCGGUUAGGAAGACAAAGGUUUUCAAUUUGCCGCGUGGGGGCUCGGUGACCAUAAGAUAUGAUUUUGAGAGGUUGCAGAAGCGGUGCUACCACUGCCAACGACUCACUCAUGAUAAGGAUAAAUGUCCGAUUUUGGUACAAGAAAGGAAGGAUCAAGCCUUGGCGCGAAGGCAGAAGGUGAUGUUAGAGAAACAGAUUGAUGGGUUGAAGCUUCACCAAGAUGAUCCUCUCUUUGGCGUGUUAAGUGAUGAUCAAGUGGGCCUGGAUGUGGUUACUGGAAGGCGUAAAAUCAAUCCAGAAGUUCUACAAAACAUGCGUGAAUAUUUGCUUGCGUCUGAAGGUAGUGAGAAAAGGGUAAGAGAGGAGCGUGUGAAGAAGUCGGUCUUGGAUUUGGCAAAUGAUCCUAUAGGCCAGAGGAAUUUUCUGAGAUUGGAGGCUCCACCUACGGUGAUUUGCGAAGUGGAUAAGGACAAAGGACUCGUCUUUGAUUACUCUUUGAAGAAGGUGGAGAACCAGUUGAUACUGCGGAAGGAAAGAGAUAGAAGAGAUCAAAGUAUUGCUAAUGAAAAUCACGGUGCUGCCUCGGCUCCAGCUGGAGGAAGAGUGUCGCUGAAUGACUCCCCUCUUCAGUUUUUUGAAUGUUCGACGGGUUUUAGCGCUGGUAGCUCAGCAGCUAAAUCUUUUGGGACUUCAAACAGUAGGAGUGGGAAGAGAUUCAGACCCCCAAAAAGGUUGAGAAGAUUCAAAGCAAGAGUAGUGAGGGUGGGAAGUGAAGAUGAGAAAGGAAAAGGCCUUGAGUUAGAUGAGAGGAAGCUCCCAUCGAAGAGAAGAGCUGAACAUGUUGCAGAGGAGUUUAUGAAAGUAGCGAGAAGGUCAAAACCAGAGGUGGUCCCAAGUGGGGGACUGCCCCAUCAAUAA